AUUGUUUGUUUUGUUUUGUCAACAGGAGCUCAUUCAAAAUGGAGAUGACGCUAAAGCCACAGAAGUGGUUUUCAUCCACGAUGAGAGAAGCUACGGGACUGAGAGCCUUUGGACAGACGAAUUGGGAGAAUACCAAGGUCCUGCUCUCUACGCCUACAACAAUGCAGCAUUCAGUGCUGAAGACUGGGAAGGGAUUCAGAAGGUAGGACGGAGUGUGAAACGCAAUGACCCCAACAAAGUCGGGAGGUUUGGAAUCGGUUUCAACUCUGUUUACCACAUUACAGAUGUGCCAAGUAUAUUCAGUUCAGAGCACCUUGGCUUUAUGGACCCUCAAGAACAAAUAUUUGGAAGUGGUGGUUUCCGGUUGUCUUUAGAAGAUGAAGAAGACCAAGGAGUCCUGAUGAAUAUGUCUGAUCAGUUUCAACCAUUUCAAGAUAUAGUUUCACUAGUAAGUGGACAAAAGUGGUCAAAAGUCAUCACUGAGGAUCAACACUUUGACGGAACCAUUUUCAGAUUCCCCUUGCGCAACAGAGCAUCAAAGAUUUCAGACAAUCUAUAUGACUCCAACAAGGUGGUCGAGCUUUUCGAUAGCUUCAUUGCAGAUGCAGAAUUAAGCCUCCUGUUCCUGAAGAAUGUGACCUCUGUUUCCUUGAUACAUAUCGACGUACACGGAACUGUUAACACCAGACUUGAAGUGAAAUCCUCGGUCCCAUCAGAUGUCAUGUUGGAGUCUGAAGACACGUCAGUGAUUAAAAGUUCAACAGCAUUCAAACUGAUAACCCUCAACUCAGAAGAACACAAAGAAUCGAAGUGGCUUGUGACAGCAUGCACACUGAAAGAAGGCAAUGUAGAAAAUCUUGAUUCACUAGCAAAGAAGUUGAGCUUUUUUCCUCAAGUUGACUUGGCGUUCUUUUGUGGUGAGAAGAGAGACAACAGUGAGAGUCGACUGAGCUGCUUCCUCCCUCUUCCAAACAAUGAAUCAAACAAGACAGGACUCCCAGUUUAUGUCAACGCAUGCUUUGGCCUCACAGACAACAGAAGGCACAUCAAAUGGCAAGAGGAAGACCAGAAACAUGACGAGCAUGCUGUAUGGAAUGAACUGCUGAUGAAGGAGGUGCUUCCAAAGGCGUACGUCCAGAUCAUUGAGGAUGCCAUCAAACUUGCACAAGAAUCUACUCUGCCUGUCUCCUCUGUGUACGAUCUGUGGCCAGAUGUCGACCAGAUAAGGCACAGACAAAAAUGGUAUGCAGUUUCCCUGGAUGUUCUUCAUCACUUAUUCAGACAGAAUGUGGCCGUCCUUUCACUUGCCAAAGAUGAAAAAAAGUUUAUCACCGUGUCAGAAGCUGUGUUUCCCUGUAACGGUCCAACAAGCUCGGACAUACUGGCCGCCAUCAAGAGAACCUUGGUUUCCUGUGGAGAAAAGCUUGUCACUUUACCAGGUAGUGUUGCAGGAGCUAUAAAAGAGGCGUACCCACACUUCAGCACCCUGAAAUAUGUGACCCCAGCUCUCCUAAGGGACAUUCUCCGCAGAAAUGGUGUCCACCUCAUCUCUAAAGAGGAUAAACUGAGCCUUUUGGAGUUCAUUUUGAGUGAUGGAAAAUACAGAGAGCUCAAGGGUCUUCCGAUGCUUCCACUCAGCGAUGGCUCUUUCAGGUCUUUCACAGACAGAGACGAGGACACUGCUUUGAUUGACAGCGACAGAUUUCCAAGAGUCCUGCUUCCAUGCUGCAAGAACCUCUUCAUCUCAGACGAUCUCAGUCCAGUUUGCAGUGCCCACUUGAAAGAAAUGGCCAAAAAAAAUCUUUUCAAGGUCUUCAACAUCGAUGCGGACAAGGUGGCUCAGUAUAUGAAGAGCUAUUUGCCACACGACUGGAAGCAGACAAGAACAGGGCUUGUUACCUGGGACACAAGCAGCAGCCAACAUCCACCUUUAAACUGGCUCCAAGAAUUCUGGACAUUUCUCAACACUCACUUCAAAGAGUUAAGUAAAUUCACUGGAAUGCCUUUAAUACCGGUUAGUCCACUGCGUUAUAAUCAAUCUGUAUCACUAGCAAGACUACAGCAAAAUACAUCCCUCAUUUUUCAGAGCAGCAAACAGAUAAACUUGCCAGAACAAAUAGCUCAGUUGGUGGACAAAGUCGGUGGCACAGUGGUGAGAGGAAAUGAGUGGCUCAAGCAUGAAGACCUGGACUCAUAUGUACUGUGCCCAUCUCCAAAGAGUGUCAUGAAAGUCUUUGUAAAUUUAGAUACUCAAGAACUCAUCAGAGAACUCAGGACAGCCUCUCAUGAAGCACGAGAAGAGCUUAAAGAGUAUCUGUCUCAUCUGGAUUCUCUCUCAGUAAAUGAGAAAGAUUUACUGUCUCAGUUGCCUCUGUUUCAAACUAUGAAAGGAUCCUAUGUUGAAGCUCAAUCAAAACAGGCUGUGCUGCUUAUUUCUGGUCUAACAGUACCAACCGAGCUCCCAAUGCCUGAUUCAGUUGUGAAGUGUGCAACUGAAGCUGAUCGCAGACUGUUACAGCUGCUCAAAAUUAAGCUCUUAGACACAGCUGGUGCAGGAAAUAUCCUCCUUGACAGUAUUGAGAGGGGGACUUGCAGCAAAGAAGACACUCAGAACAUUAUGGCUUGGAUCUUACAGCAUGGUAAAAUCCUGUUCUCUCAUAAUCAGACCUUGAAAAGAAGAUGCAAGGACUUGAGUUUCAUUGAAGUGAAUGGAGGCCUAAGAAAGACGUCAAGCUUUUUUGAUCCAACGAUGCAAACUUUUAAGGACAUUUUCGAGUCCGAUUUUUUCCCACCACCUUUCUACAGAAAAACAUCCCAGAUGCUUGAAAGCCUAACAGAUCUUGGAUUGCUAAAUAAAGAAGCAGAUGUGGCACCAGCUCACUUGCUACAUGCUGCCAAACUAAUUGAAAACCAGAAGGUUGCCUCCCAAAUGGAGGCUCUCAAAAGAGCCCAGGUCCUCUUAAAGAUGUUGGACACCAAUGAUCUUCUGUCAAAGUUUUCUCAUGAGCAACUGGAGUGCCUCAAAAAGCUAAAAUGGGUACCAGGUACAAAACCUGGUAAUGACAAAAAGAACAGUCAUGAAAAAUCCCCCAAAAGUUGUUUCUUUUGUCCAGAUGAAAUGAGACAUUCUAUGUAUGAUGACAUUGUGGGGCAUGUCAUGCCUCUGGUGGGAGAGUUCAGUGAAAGAGUUAGCAGACAAUUAGGACUCAAAUGCCCACCCCCACCUCAAAAAGUAAUAGAGAAUUUGACAGUCUUGAAAUCAAAAGCAAAGAAAAUGACUGAUCCUGACACAGAUGUGGAUUUCAAAAAGCAGUUGCAUAGCAUUUACAAACACAUGCAAGACCACAUCUCUGAAUUUACAAAAAUAAUGACAAAGGACACAUGCUGGCUUUGGAGCCAAUAUCAGUUUGUAUCACCGCAGGAUCUGGUUCUUGAAUACCCACGUCAUUUAGAUCUGAGCUCUCACAUUGGGAAGGUGCCCAAUGAAUUCCUGCCCUACAAAGGGUUGCUCCAAAAGUUUGGACUUCGGACUAGGCUUUCAGAUGAAGAAAUUGUUGGCAUUCUUUCUUCUAUCCAGCAUUCUAUUGAAGGGAGGCAAGACGCAUGUGCAAGUUCCUCUGAGAUAAAAGUGUCAAUAGAAAUCCUAAACUGGCUGUGGAGAGAGAAGAAGAUAGUUGUAGAUGAUAUCGCAGUGCCAGUCCUGACAGAAGGUGAACAAUACACCCUUAAACCCCUAUCAACAGCUGUCUUCUGUGAUGUCAGUAAAAGUGGGUUGAAAGAGCUUAAUCACAGCCAGGAAGAAAUUAACGUCAUUCAUGAGGAAAUCCCAAAAGCUACUGCAGAAUGGCUGAAUAUCCGCUUCCUCAGUUCCUACAUCCUUGCUCCAGAGUUAGUGGGAAUAGAACAGUGUGGACAAUCUGAACCGAUAACAACAAGGAUUAAAAACAUUCUCAAAGAGUAUGAUGAAGAAAGUGACAUCUUCAAGGAGCUCAUUCAAAAUGCAGAGGAUGCCGGGGCAAAAGCCUGCAAGUUCUUGGUGGAUUUCAGAGUCCACAAAGAUGCCCCUGAAAGUCUCAUUGACCCUGACAUGAGCCUUUGUCAGGGACCUUGUCUAUGGGCAUUUAAUAAUGAGCAGUUCUCAGCAGAAGACUGGAAAAACAUUGUCAGGGUUGGCGCUGCCUCAAAAGAAAACAAGGCAGAGAAAAUAGGAAAGUUUGGACUUGGAUUCAACACUGUGUAUCAUUUGACAGAUAUUCCCUCCAUCCUCAGUGGCAACCACCUUCUCAUACUGGAUCCAAAUGUAACUCACCUCAAGAAACACAUCAAACAGAAAUCAAAUCCUGGAAUAAAGCUGGAUCUCUCCCAGCAACGAAUAUUUCAUUGGUUUCCUGGCCAGUUUGGGCCAUAUGAAGGCAUUUUUGACUGUAACUUCACCAGACAGAGGCUUCCUGAACCCUAUCCGGGCACUCUAAUCAAACUACCUUUCCGAACUGAAGAAGAAGCCCUCAAGUCAGAAGUAAGCUCAAAUGUGUACCACAAAGACCGUAUUGUCACUUUUCAACAGGACUUUAUCAGGAAUUCACAAACUCAUCUUCUUUUUCUGAAGAAAAUUAAUACAUUGUCUCUUCAAAGUAUUGCUAAUAAUGUAUCUACUCCGCUAAGAGAUGAUGAAAAAAAAUCCCUCCUUUCUCUCUCCAAAACCACUUUCAGUACAAUGAAGAUUCCUGAUGAGAACAGUGAGUCAAAGCAGCUUCAAGCUGAAAAAUCAUUAAAGAAACUUGAUGGAAAAUGCAAAGAGAUAAUUGACUGCUGCAAAGUCAACAUUGUCCAAAUGACAAGUGAGCAAUCUGGUGUGACCGAAGUCCAGUCCUGGCUCCUGUAUAACUGUUUUGGAACAGAUCAGUCUUUGCAAAUGGCACUGCAGGAAAACAAACAAUCAAAGUUCUCUUUACCCAUCGGGGGAAUCGCAGUGCCUGUGCAAAAUGAUCCAGAAACUGGUAAAUUUGCCCCUCGACAAACAGAUCUUGUUGGACAGGCAUUUUGUUUCCUUCCUCUGUCCAUUCAGACAGGUCUUCCAGUCAAUGUAAAUGGAACAUUUGCUGUGACAAGCAACCGAAGAGGUCUGUGGGAGAGUGGAGUAAAACAUGAAUGGAACAAAGCCCUUCUUCAAGAUCCUACAGUGACAGCAUAUGUUACUUCACUCCUGGCACUAAAGAAAAUGUCUGAAGACCAACAACUGGAAAAUUACCAGUAUCACACCUUUUGGCCUGAUAGAGAGAAAGUGAGUGAAACAUUUAAGCCUUUGGUGGAUGCAUUUUACAACGCCAUUGCCCAGCCCUCCACAGGUCCAAAGCUCUUUAGCGAUGGAGAACAUUGGUGCUCAAUGAACAGUGCUAUAUUUCUACACGAGAGCAUUGAAAAGGAUAAAGACAUCAGUCAACUUGCAGUGCAGGUGUGCAAGACAAUUGCAAAAGAACCCAACCAUGUUGUCCCUCUUCCACUGUGGUUAAGAAAUGGCUUCAAACAGGCUGGCCUGGAAAAGAUUCUACAGGACAGAACAUGGUCCUGGGAGAAGUUUUACGAAGAAGCAGUGUUCAAGAACCUUGGUACCAUGGAUCAAGAGAGUAGAGAUACUCUUGUGCUGCAUGCCAUUGACCUAAACAUCAAAGAAAUUGACAAUUUACUGGUCCGCUAUCCAUGCAUUCCUACAAAAAGCAGCCAGCUCCAGUAUAUCACUAAACUUGUGAAUCCAUCAGGGAAAGUGGCUUCUCUCUUUGAACCAGAAGAGGGACGCUUGCUUGGUGGUACCAAUAAAGACUUUCGUGCUCCAAAAAGGAUUCAACGCUUGAUGGAACUUGGAAUGGCAAAUGAUAAUCUCCCUUUAGAAGACAUCACAGAGAAAGCAGCUGCAAUCACUAAAAUCUGGAGCACUGAUGAAGAAAAAGCAUAUGGGCAUUUGAAGUGUCUUCUUGACCUUAUGAAGAGUCACUUGUAUGAUGAAGACUCUCCUCACUGGGAAACACUGAGAAUUACUGAAUUUCUCCCAGCAUUUUCCCCUAUUGGUACAAAAAAGGAAAAAAAUGUCACACUUAGAAGACCUACUGAUAUUUUUAGUGACAACUGCUCCCUACUUGUUAACAUGAAAAAACCAGUGCUGGAUCAUUUGAAUCUGAAAAUACACAGCAAUGAUCCAGUCCUGAGAAUGUUGGGAGUUCAUAACAGUCCAAGUCUUGAGGAAGUGUUUCAGCAGCUGCAAGAAGCAUGUAAGCGAAAUAAAUCUACUGACGGAUCCAUGCUUCAGCAAAUAGCAUAUGAAUGCUACAAGUUUCUUGAUCAGUGGCUCUGUAAUUCUGGGGAUUCCAGCUCCAUUUCACAAAGGGCAAAUUCAUUUCAGUUCAUUCUUGUUGGCAGUACAUUUGUAAAUGUGAACCGUGUCGCAGAAAAUGGGCAAUUUGAAGCAAAACCCUACCUCUACAUACUUCCACCCACCUUCAGCUUGUUUAAGAGGCUCUGGGAAAGUGUAGGUGUUGAAAAACAUUUUACACUCAGUCAGUUUCAAACUGUGCUUCAAAAAUUGCACACUCAACAUGGCAACAAGCCCCUGCCAAAGAAUGAUCUAUCACUUUGCCUCACAAUUUUAAACAAAGGGAUCUAUGAGGCCGAAGAGAAACCAACGGGAGACUUUCUGAUACCCAAUGAACAUGGUGUAUUACAACCUGCAAGUAAGAUGUUUUACAAUGACAGCCCAUGGUUGCCAGACGUGGCUUCAGGUGUCACAUUGUGUCAUAAAAAUAUUUCACGUGCAAUGGCUGGCCAUUUUGGAAUUAGAACAACAAGGCAUCAUACCCUGAAAAACUGCACAGUUGAGAACACUUCACCAUUUGCAUUUCACUUUGAACAGCAAGAACAACUAACUGUUCGUAUUAAGAACAUCAUUUCAGCCUAUCCAGCAAAGAAGGAUAUCCUUAAGGAGCUUAUCCAAAAUGCUGACGAUGCAGAGGCAACAGAAAUUAAUUUUGUGUGGGAUAAACGACAGCAUGGCAAAGAAAAAACAUUUGGAAAGAAAUGGAACUAUCUGCAGGGCCCAGCACUUUGUGUGUUCAACAACAAAGUGUUUUCUGAUGCUGACCUGAAAGGCAUUCAACAGCUGGGGGAAGGAGGAAAGCACAACUCUGCAGGAAAGACAGGAAAAUACGGAGUUGGAUUCAACUCUGUGUACCAUCUCACCGACUGCCCCUCAAUCCUCACUGGAGAUAACUACUCUGCAUUUCUGAUCCUAAUCAAAAAUACAUUGAGAGUUAUUCAGACGAAGCACAGCUGGCACUGGCUAUAAACUAGUUGGCAAUUUCAAGAACAUGUACAUGGAUGUCUACAAUUCAUUUUUGCCAGAAAAGUUUUCUCUGAAGGAUGGUACCAUGUUCAGAUUACCCCUAAGGAUGGGUACAAUGGCAAACAGUUCCAAAAUAUCAAAUCAAGGAGUCACUGACCAAGAUAUGAGAGAACUAUGCUCUGCCCUCGCUGAAGAUCCUGAAGGACUCAUUCUGUUUCUGAAAAACAUCCGCAAAAUA